CUUGAGUUGUUGGUAGAGUUGAAGGUGCCAUCGGUUGAAAUUGUGGGUGAUUCUCAAUUAGUUCUCAAGCAAUUGAGUGGUGAAUACAAGUGUACAAGCGUGGCUUUGUCUCCAUAUUUUGCCACUGCCAUCCAACUACUGGAGGAAUUUGAUGAUGUCUCCCUGGAGCAUAUUCCUUGCAAUAUGAAUAUUGAAGCAAAUGAACUUGCACAGAUUGCUUCAGGUGUAAAAUUGCCUGAAGGCAUCUUGGAGAAAGUCAUCGUCAUUGAAAAACGUAUGCUGCCUUCAAUUCAUCAAAGAGGAAUAACGGUGGAAGCAUGCUCAUUAGAUGUCACACUUACAGAUUGGAGGCAUCCAAUAAUAGAACAUUUGAGGAAUCCCAAUUCUAAAACAUCAAGGAGAACAAGGAUGCAAGCUUUAAACUAUGUGCUACUCGGGGAUGUUCUGUAUCGUUGGGGGCAGGAUGAGUUAUUGUUGCGCUGCCUCGGUCUUGAUGAAAGUUGCCAUGUGAUGUCAGAUGUUCAUAAUGGUAUUUGCGGUGCUCAUCAGGCAGGGAUUAAGAUGAGAUGGCUAAUUCGAAGGCAUGGUUUCUUUUGGCCAUCUAUUCUUAAGGAUUGCAUCAAUUAUGCGAAGGGCUGCAGAGCUUGUCAGCUGCAUGGUCCUUUGCAGCGAGUGCCAGCUUCUGAGUUACAUCCUAUUGUCAAGCCAUGGCCUUUCCGUGGCUGGGCAAUUGAUUUGAUUGGGAAAAUUUAUCCACCUUCUUCUAAAGGUCAUUAUUUCAUAAUAGUUGCUACAGACUACUUUACUAAGUGGGUGGAGGCAAGGCCUAUGAAGAAGGUUGAGCAAGGAGAUGUCAUCAAGUUCAUAAAAGAGGAUCUGAUCCACAGGUUUGGUCUUCCAGAGACUAUCACUUCUGAUCAAGCAAAUGGUCAAGCAGAGGCAUCUAAUAAGAUUAUCAUCAACAUCCUGGAGAAAAUGGUUGAUGAUAAUCCCAGGAGAUGGCAUGAGCUUCUUUCAGAUACUCUCUGGGCAUACAGAACCUCACAACGGAGUUCAACUAAGAUUGCAAUUCAAAAUGGCUUGAAUUCUGGGGAAUACAAUGAGGCCAUGAUCAUGGAGUUGGAAGACCUUGAGGGAGCAAGGCUGACAGCAUUGGAUAUGAUGAAGGCCCAGAAGCUUAAAGUGGCACGAGCUUACAACAAAAGGGUUAAGCAAAAGAAUCUAGCCGAAGGAACCUUGGUUUGGAAGGCUGUGCUGCCACUUGGCAAGAAGGAUCCUAGAUAUGGUAAAUGGUCCCCUAAUUGGGAAGGACCAUUCCAAAUUCAUAAAGUUCUUAAAGGAGGUGCUUAUUGGUUAAAAUCUUUGAAUAGGGAGUUGCAUCCGCGAAAGAUCAAUGGCAUCUACUUGAAACCAUAUUAUCCAACUGUGUGGGAGGCAAGGGAUAGUUCUGCCUCCACGUCUGCAUGAUCCAGGUUUGCAGACAUUUGUAUAUUAUUUGAUUCAAGUUGUUUUUCUUUCAAUAAGGACACGUAGAGUUUUGGCUUGAACCAUGGAAGCAUACAUAAGACUUGGUGCUGCCAAGGAGGCAUGGCAUGUUCUUACAUUUGUGUUUUAGAGCGGCUUCGUUUGCAAAGCCGUGGGCAGCAUGAAUGAAGCAAGCGAAUAAUUCAUGUUCAUCAUU